AUGGAUCAGCUUCUCACCAAUCUCUGGACAAGAGGUGGUUGGUUUCGAGCCUUUACACCACCUUGCCCUGCUGCCAACGAUAGCAUCACCUCUGCUCACAAUGAUUUGCCCAAGGGAGCUCCCAUCCUCAACGUCUCAUCAGAUGUUCUGCUCCUCAUUGGAGACUAUUUGGAUGCUUCGGAGCUUCUUUGCCUCAAGCUUGCUUGUCGAAGCACGUAUGCGCUGUUCCCGCAGACUUACAAGACAAUGCUCCCUAGCCAAAAGAAACAGCUGCUCCCCCUCAUCGAAAAGGAUCCCCUGGGCAGAGGGACCUUCUACUGUGCCCCCUGCAACAAGUUACACGCUUUUCAGCAAACCACUGGACCUGCUUCAGAAUUAGAACACACCGAAGAGAAACGCAGGCAUGGCAAAUGUUCGGGUCGAGAUCGAUUCUCCCCCCUCAACAACCCCUUUGGCCUCAGCUACGCCCAUGCCAGGCUGGCUGUGAACCGUCACUUGUACGGCGCCGAACACGGCAUCCCGCUGGCCAAUUUGUGUCUUGAACACAGCGAACAGCGAGACGGGACCACCAUCAAAUGUUCAACUUCGGCCAAGAUGAUGGAUGGAGAGCUGUUCUUGCAGCGCACUUACGUCUUCGCUGUGGCUGAGACUGAUGUGGCCGCUUUCCGCAAGUGUACUGGCGCGCGCGACUUCAAGCUGUGCGAGCACACUUCGUUCUUUUCCGGCUCUUCGGCCUUUCGCCAAUACAUUCCAGAGCUGCAGCAGAAGCCACUUACUGGCGGCCAUGACUUGGUGCCCUGCCGCGAGGCUCCUGGAUCCUGUGGCUUAUGUCUGAUGGACUAUGACAUCACAAUCGAGCCUUGCACACUUGCAGACAGCGGCAUCAAGUCGUGGAGAAUCGUCAUCAGAGCCAUUCACCAGCUCGGCGACUGCCGCUCUCCCGAAGACUGGAAAUGGGCACGGUUCACUGAGGCUUGCCGACCGCAUCUCUUCUUCCCGAACCGACCUAAUCGUCGCGGGUCGGCUUACAACCCUGGCAUGGUCCAGAAGCGAUGGGCCGACGACGAGAGGGAGGCCUGUGCAGUGCUGGACGGACGAGAGUCCAAUAGAGGCUUGUUCGGCUUGUCGUUUCUCACCUAAGCGGCCUUGUACGACAAAGAAGUGCAAGUAGCCAUGGCUGCUUUCGCUUUGUCGGAAUGCUGCGCACGUUGCUAGGCAUGAAACACGUGCGGAUGCAACAAUUACACAAAAGACACCCGGUGUUACCGCAGCUCUGGGGCUCAGCGAGCACAUUCAUGUACAAAUUUCAAAUCAUGCGACCACGAUACACGCAAUCCUGCGGCUAAAUAUGCCGACAAUAGAUUUUUCCACUUACUUUUUUCUUCUCUUUCUUAUCUUGAGCCC